AUGGCUAAUCAGAUCCCAAAGACCACACGCUCAUACUAUUUCCCCGCACUUGGAUCCUACACCAAUCUCACUUUACAAACGACGUCUAUUCCGUCCAUGAAGGCUAGUCAUGUCCUCGUCAAAGUUCAUGCUGUCUCUCUACAGUACCGCGACCUGCUCAUCGCCUCGGAUAAAUACCCAGCAGCCAUCAAACCGGACAACCUUGUUCCAUGCUCAGACAUGGCGGGGGAAGUAGUUACCAUCGGCUCUGACGUGACAUGCUGGAAAGUCGGCGACAGAGUGUGUGCCAAUUUCUAUCCGGACCAUCUAGACGGAGACAUCAAUGCGGAUAUCUUCGAUACUGCUCUUGGUGCGGGACAGCAAGGCGUGCUGACGGAGUACAGGACUUUUAAUGAUUAUGUACCAUUAUCUCCUGUCGCUGUUUUCCUUCGUUGGACUCACCCGCGUUUUCAGUCGCUGGUUAAGAUACCCGAACAUUUGUCGUACGAAGAGGCGUCAACACUGCCUUGUGCUGGGGUCACGGCCUACAAUGCGCUCAUGGGUCCCAAGCCUGUCAAAGCAGGUGAUAGUGUCCUUGUCCUCGGAACCGGCGGCGUGUCCAUCUUCGGUUUACAACUUGCCGUCGCCUCCGGAGCAACCGUCAUAGCCACCUCGUCCUCGGAUGCCAAACUAGCCAUCGCAAAAAAACUCGGCGCUACCCAUACGAUCAAUUAUAACACAACACCCGACUGGGACAAGGAAGUCCUGAAGUUGACUGAUGGGAGAGGCGUUGAUCACGUCUUGGAGGUUGGAGGAUCCGGUACACUCGAGAAAUCGAUAUCGGCUGCACGGUAUGCGGGGUCCAUUCAUAUGAUUGGGUUCGUGGCCCAGAACCAGCUUGCGCCGAUGGAUUUCAUUAUAGCGUGCAUACGCAAGGCUAUUAUCCUGCGAGGCAUUGCAGUUGGUUCUAUCGCACAAUUCAAGUCUAUGAACCGGCUCUUGCAGGCUCACCCGGAGUCGACGCGUCCGGUCAUUGAUAAAGUCUUCUCGUUUGAAGAAGUGAUUGAUGCGUAUGCGCACUUGGAGAGCCAAGAGCAUGUUGGGAAGGUGGUUAUACAUGUCGUUCCCGCGUAA